AUGCUAUGUUACAGGAUCUGGAAAUGCUGUGGUGGAUACCAAUGGGAUGAUACCCAGAAACAAUGCAUCCCGUGUGAAGUAGGAUAUUCUGGUGUAAAUUGUUUAUUUACAUGUCCUAGUCCCUCAUACGGAAGGGACUGCCAACAAGAGUGUAACUGCAGUAAAGAGUUAUGUAAUCAUGUCGUGGGAUGCGUGGAAUCAGGAGAGAGUUUGACAAUCCUUUACACCAUAUUCCUUUCAGAUCAAUCAACUGCAUCUAAAACCACAGUACAAGUGCAUAGUAUUCACUCAGCAAUGCGGUCAUUGGAAGAUUCAAACGGCACAACCAUGCUUAUUGCCAUAAUGACCCUCGGAGUUUGCUUCAUGACCUUGGUAGCAUUAUAUUUGAAGUUCAGCAUUUGCAAUGGCGUCGAUAUAAGUCGGGCCUUACCGCAGCAAAAUGAAAGUCUUCGAAAUGAGAAUGUCCAGAUCUAUGAGAAUGUUUAGAUGAGAACAUAAUAUAUGUAUAGCAAUUCAUAACAUUCUUUCCGUUUUAUAACA